AUAAUGAUAUAAUUUAAGAUUUAGUCCCUAAAUUCAUUGAAUGAAAAUUAUGAAAAUUUCUGUUAAAUCUGCAAUUGAUGCAAAACCUUCAAUAAUAUUACCUUCUAAAUAAAUAAACUUUAUCAUUGUUGCAAUCCUUUCACUUUCCUUUCUAUGUUUUUUCAAUGCUCUGCUCCAAAUUGGAAGAGGAUGAAUUUUGGCACUGUCAUCAUGUCUGUGAAAGACCAAUUAAUGACCGAAGUCGCGGAGCCACUAAAUAGUUCCGGCAACAAGGUGACUAUAGUGGGAAUCGGUCAGGUGGGAAUGGCCUGCGCCUUCAGUAUACUUACGCAAAGUGUCUCCAGUGAGGUUGUCCUCGUGGAUGUAAUGGAAGAUAAAUUGCGUGGAGAAAUGUUGGAUUUGCAACAUGGUACGGCAUUCAUGAAAAAUGCCCGCAUAGACGCGAGUACAGAUUAUUCCAUUACGGCGGGAUCACGAUUGUGCGUCGUGACGGCGGGUGUACGUCAGCGAAUAGGUGAAAGUCGACUGGAUUUGGUACAGAGGAACACAGACAUCUUCAAAGGUAUCAUACCAAAAUUGGUUGAAUACAGUCCCAACACCGUCCUCCUGAUUGUAUCCAAUCCCGUGGAUAUCUUGACGUACGUGGCAUGGAAACUGAGUGGUCUCCCGAAGAACCGUGUCAUCGGCUCUGGCACCAAUUUGGACUCCUCACGAUUCCGCUUUCUGAUGUCCCAGAGACUGGGUGUAGCCCCGACAUCGUGUCACGGCUGGAUUAUAGGUGAGCACGGUGACUCUUCAGUGCCCGUGUGGUCAGGAGUCAACAUUGCUGGUGUUCGUCUUCGCGAAAUUAAUCCCAGCGUCGGAUUACCCAAUGAUAACGAGAAUUGGAUUGAGCUACACAAGAAAGUCGUUGAGAGCGCCUACGAGGUGAUUCAAUUGAAGGGGUACACUUCAUGGGCAAUUGGACUGUCUGUCGCAUCACUGGCAUCGGCAUUUCUUCGCAACACCCACAACGUUCAUGCCGUUUCGACUUUGGUCACGGGAGAACAUGGAAUAGAUAAGGAGGUCUUUCUGUCUCUGCCGUGUGUUCUCGGUGCGACUGGAGUCAGUCACAUUGUUCGUCAAAUUCUAACAGAAGACGAGACAAAGCAACUUCAAAAGUCCGCCGAACUAAUGAACGAAAUCCAAUGCGGUCUUAAAUACUGAUAAAUGCUGGAAUUUUCACAUUUUCUCCAAUCUAAGUACAUUGAACAUAACUGAACUGAAAUGUAUCAUUGACUUCUAUCUUGUAUCAUUUGCAUUUUUCCAAUCCUAUAGUGGCAUUUUCUGCAAUAAUGUUGCGUAUAAUAUCGAAUAUGAAAUUUCAAAAUACAAUCUACCUCUGGUUAGCCAUUUGAGAGCAAUAUAAUAGUUUAUGUGACGUUGGAGAUAAAUAUGUAUUAAGUGGUUCUAAAAUGGAAUGUUUGAUCACUAUUGUGAAUGUAUUAAAUUUGCACACUUCAUAUAUAAUAUAUAUUUAUUAAAUGUUAUGUAAAAUUUACCGUUAGUUGUGUCUCUCUUGUCCAAACGGAUAAAAAUACAAAAAUAAAUAUUUCUAUACAUUGA